AUGCAACGUCGUUCUGUUCCACAUACAGAUCCACGUUAUAAUCAAUUACGUGCAAAAAAUAAUGAUAGUGUUAAAAAAUCUCGUGAAAAAUCUCGUCGUGAACGUGAUGACACAGUUGAAUCAAUAAAUAAAUUAGAAGAAGAAAAUGAAGAAUUAACUGAACGAAUAAGAAAACUCAAACAAGAAUAUGAACAAUUACAAGAUUUAUUUAAACAACAUACAGGAAUUUCUAUUGAUGAAAUAUUAUCAUCUCAAACAAAUUCAAAUCCAAAUUCAAUUUCAACUUCAACUUCAACACCUUCUAUACAACCAAAACCAAUUGAAGAACCAAUAAAAACUUCUUCUACACCUGUAUUAACAAUAAAUACAGAUGAAGAUAAAACAAGUGCUACUACACCAGAUACACAACUUGAUCCAAAUAGUCUUGAUGGAGCUAUUGUACUUAUUAAUGGUGUUCAAUAUAAAAUUAUGAAUUCUUCUGUAUAUAUCUUAUUUAUUCUCUUCUUUACAUUUAUACAAUUAACUACAAGUCAAGAGACAUCAUCAACUAAUGAUAAUAAUAAUAAAAGAAAAAAACAAGAUUUUUAUUGUUCAGCAUGUAAAUCAAUGAGUGAAACAAUAUUUCGUGAUAUGAAUGAUGUUGAUCCAAAUGAACGUGUUCAAGUUGGAUCAUAUCGUGUUGAUGGUCAUGGACAUCAAAAAUUAAAAGAUGUACCAAUUAUUGAAACAAGAUAUCAUGCUGAAAAUGUUGUCGAAAAUGUUUGUUCAAAAUUUAUUCAUGAUGCUCGAGAAAUAAUACCAAGUCCACUCAAAAAUCUUUAUGAACAUGCAUGUGAUGAUAUUCUCGAAGAACAUCAUGAUAGUCUUAUUGAUUUACUUGUAAGACAAAAUAAAAAUGUACAAACAUCUCGACAAUUAGCAGACAUUUUUUGUGUUGAACUAAAUCAAUAUUGUCAAGAAAAUCAACUUGACGAACUUUAUAAACCAACACCAACACCACCGUCCGUUGUAGAAGAGAAACAAGACGAAAAACAAGCUGAAGAAGAAGAAGAAGAAGAAGAAGAAGCAAAAGAAAAGGAUAAGAAUGAACUGUAA